AGUUGCUCAGAGAGGCGCGUUUUCUGAGCUCAUGUUGUCAGGCAAAAAGUAGCAGGCCGACACUGUUUUUAGCCCAAAUAAACAUUCAUUUUAUAGCAAUAACAGCAAACAACGUCAACAAAAACUCACCCCGUUAAGCUGAAUUACUCAUGGCGACUAAAAAGAAGCGGACGCCUGAUGUACAGAAUGACAGCUGGGUUGUUAUUGCUGCAGACUCUGCCAUCGACACAAAGAAGGAUGACAGUGACCCAGCUUUUGUGAGACUGAGGAAUCCCACUACAGAUGCAGCAUCUCUGUAUAUGCUGAGUAGUGGUGAUGUACAGCUGUUUGAGGUCAAAGCAUUUGAAGAAGAUUUCCACUCCUGGUUUGUUGGCCAGAAUGUACAGAGAGAUGGGAGACUUCUCUUUGUAACACCGAUGGAUCCUCUCUAUCUAAUUUUGCCCUAUUAUAUCAAAUCUGGCAAAGAGGAGAAGUUCCAGCCUGUGGAUCAAGUUGUUAUGGACGAGGAAUUCCCAGCCUGCUCAAGGCUGCUGAGCUGCACACGCUCCCUGGCCUCCCUGCACCACAUUGCCGAGGAAAAAGAGGUGGGAAAACUGAAGUUCCAUCGAUACAGUCAAGAGAAGACGAUGAAUUGGCUGAAGAAAAAGGUGGAGAGGACAGUCAGUGCGCUCAAGGCGAGAAAUAUCUCAGUGGGAGAAGGAGUCAAAUCCACAACAUACGUCAGAGUGAAGUCCGAGUCGGACUGCCAUGAGGAGGACUACCUGCGCUAUGCUCACGGCCUGAUAUCAGAGUACCUCAGUGAAGACCUGAGCAAAGCCCUCCUCAAACACUUGCAGUUACCAGAGCUCACAAGCCCAAAGGAGACAGAACCUCCUUCCAAGAAACGGAAACUUUCAGACAAACAGGUGGAGGCUGGAGAGGACUACACCAAAUUCAACAGUGCAGACUUUGCGCGGAAACCGCCCAAGAAGAUGACUGCUGCUCAGAAAUCUCUGUCUAAGGUGGACAAGACUGGCAUGAAGACGAUGUCAUCGUUCUUCAGCCCCAAGGUCAAAGCAGAAAAGAAAUGAAUGUUGUGUAGUUUCUGUUUUUUUUAUAUGAAACAUUUGUAAUAAAGAAAAGAAAAUGUAUUU